CUUAACUGAAGAAGACAGUGCACAUUUGCCUGCCUGUCAUCAGCUUUUUAUCUUUCUCUUGACUACUUAAAUAAAACUUCAGUCUUGCUGCUUUUGCCUUCCUGGCAUCAUGGAAAAAGUCCAAUACCUCACUCGCUCUGCUAUCAGGAGAGCCUCAACUAUUGAAAUGCCUCAGCAAGCACGUCAAAAUCUCCAGAACCUCUUCAUCAAUUUCUGUCUCAUCUUGAUAUGCCUCCUGCUAAUCUGCAUCAUUGUGAUGCUGCUAUGAAGUGCCGCUGCCAUCUCCAGAUCUGCAACAUGCCAGCU